AUGUGUGAAACGGUGAACGCCUGCCCUGAGCAGAAGAUCUGGGCGGUGCUGAAACGCUUCACCGGUUGCCAGACCUGGAUCAAAUGCCUGGGGCACAACUGCAGCAGCAGCCGCGUGCUGUCGCUGGCUGAGGCUUCCGUUGCCCUGGCGGCGCAAAACUUGGAGUCCUCGCACCUGCGUCCCCAGAUCUGCUUCCGCUUUUUCGAUGGCGCCGGCCACGGCGAUGCGCUGUCGCCGGAGCUGCAGACAGCGCUGCAGCAACUGGGCGUGGACGCGGCAGCGGGCGCCACGGCGCCCGUUGAAGGGGAACAGCAGAGCUACGAAGCGGUGAAUUUGGACACCACGGCCUUGAUUGCGCUGACCUCCAAUCUGUCUCAUGGCCAGGUGGGUUGGUCCUUCGACGAUCCUGUGUUGGAGCAACAGGCCGUUCAAGAGACUGAGGACUCGGUGUUGCAAGAGCUUCACCAAGUCUUGGAAGGGCGACGGCUCUGCGUGUCGCGGAGCGCCUUAAGCACCUACCAGAAGCUGGCCGCGCAGAUGGCAGGGCCUGCCGAACUGCAGCGCUUUGAGAGAAUCAUUUCGGCCUUGUCAGUGGUGGAUGCCGAAACUCCAGAGGGCUUCCGCGUUUCAAAGAAAGUGUCCAAAGCGACGCUUGACGUAGUGGCUGUUGGGCUGGAACACGAUAUGCCCACUUGCAGCAGCAAUGGCAAGGCGAUGCGUUCCUUUGCUGAAGCCAAGAAGGGGGUGAAAUUCCUACAGCACAAGCCUCGGGCUCUCAGCGAAGGCAAACAGAAAGCCGCUCGGCCCACCCGGCGGCAUGCGCUGUCGGAGCGGCAGCUGGCGUAUUUCUUCGAUGGAAUCCUCGGCUCGACGGCGGAGCCGAUGGAACCCAUGGAGCCCAUGGAGCCCAUGGAGCUGGGAGAGGAACCUCAACCUGAAGCACGUUCGGAAGCUGUCCCAGUGGAAGAUCCUCAGGAUGAAGGUAACCUGAAUGAAGAUGCUGGCGAUGAAGGUCAACAAGAUGAGUUGGAAGGUGACGCCAACGACGGCGCUGUAGGACAUCGGUCCAAGCGCCAGAAGAGACGAGAGAAGGAGGCGCGGAGGUUGAAGCGACGACGGCAAGGACCCGCUCCCACGGAGACCGGGGGCUUUGCCACCAACUCGACCACAGAGACCAUCGAUCGAUCGACUGCCGUGAUGCGGCUGAGUGCUGAUUUUCCGCUGCCUGUCGAUUUCAUGCCGUUUUUAAGUGAUCUGGUGGCAGAUUCACAUUACCGCGAAACUUGCUUGGUUGCACUGAAGGAGGUCUGUGUGGGCGCUCUGACACAACCUGCGUUUCAGAUGAAGCCGUUCGAUUGGUACCCCGAGCCGACGAUCACCCCCUUUGGCUCCUUCAUGCAGGGUACAGCGCUGAAGAGCUCAGAUCUGGACGUGCGACUGUCUGUGCAAUUCGAUGUGAAGCAGAAGGAGGGUCAGCUGAAAUAUCUCAGCGCCAUUGCCGAAUUCCAAGCGGAGAACUUUGAAACUGAGGUCUUGAUCUCAACUGCCUCCAUCCCCUUGCUUCGCUUGCGGUAUCGCCAGCAGCUUCAAGUAGACAUCACCAUGGGUGAUGCCGACGACUGCUGGGCCGUGGAUGAUGCCAUUCGGCGCCUCUUGGCGCUGCAGCAGCAUGCCACGUCCCUGGUGUGUUUGGUGAAGGCCUUUGCAAAGACCAAGGGCCUCAUUGACGCCUACAGCGGCUUUCUGAACUCGGUUGGCUGGGUCUUUCUUUGCAUCAGCUUCCUGCAAGUUGAGAAAGCCCUCCCAGGUUUCGAUACUUUGGAGGAUGAGGACUUACAACCCAUUGCAGUGGACAUGGCCACGUUGUACAGGCUGUUUGAUUAUGUGGCCACUUGCUGCACACAGCGGUGUCGCAUCUCUCUGUCAAGGCCCCCACCACCACCAGGGCCAUCAGGGGUGCCCCCCAAAAAUGGGGUGCGCCAAGAGGCCAGGAUGUUCACACCACAAGUUACCAGAAUGGUCCAUUUGGAUGUUCACUUCAUUUAUACAAUUAAUCCCCAGAAAAUCAUAGGGCCAUGA